CGCCCCGCAGGCCGCCCCUACGCUCACCAGGAGGCCUGUUCCGGCGAUCACGCUCAGAGCCAGGCGCCGGUUGAAACACAGCUCCGCGUCCAUGGAGGCACCAGGGGAGGCGGAAGUAGAGAAUGAGGAUGGCGACAGCAGCUACGGGGACCUGUGCUGCAUGGACAAAGGCCUGCGGAGCAUAUCAGAGUUAUCCUUAGAUUCAACCCUCCAUGCCAUCAAUCUGCAUUGCAACAACAUCUCGAAGAUCGAAGCCAUUGAUCAUGUUUGGAAUUUGCAACACUUAGAUCUGUCAUCUAAUCAAAUAAAUCAAAUCGAAGGGCUAAGCACACUGACAAAACUACGCACUUUAAAUUUGUCCUGCAAUUUGAUCACAAGAAUAGAAGGGCUUGAAGCACUAAUUAAUCUGACUAGACUGAAUUUAUCCUAUAACCACAUAAAUGAUCUUAGUGGUUUGAUGCCCCUUCAUGGAAUCAAACAUAAACUUAGAUACAUUGACCUGCACAGUAACUGCAUAGACAGCAUUCAUCAUUUACUUCAGUGUGUGGUGGGCUUGCACUUCCUGACGAAUCUUGUUCUGGAGAAGGAUAGCGAGGAUAAUCCCGUCUGCCGUGUACCAGGGUACAGAGCAGUUAUGCUCCAAACCUUGCCACAGCUUCGGAUCCUGGAUUGCAAGAACAUAUUUGGUGAACCAGUAAAUCUGUCACAAAUAAAUUCAUCGAGUCUACAGUGUUUUGAAGGUCUUUUGGAUAAUUUAGUUUCAUCUGAUUCUCCCCUAAAUAUAAGUGAAGACGAGAUCAUUGACAUCAUGCCAGUGGAAACAGCCCCCAUCGAUGAAAUGGCCCCCCUGGAUCAGUUUGCCAGUACACCAACUGACACUGGUUUGCCGUCCUUUAUGUCUGUGUGUCCAUCUUCUGAGCCAGAGAAGACUUCUAGUUCUUUAAUAGAUAAUGUUCCUGAGAAAGACCUGAGACCAAAAAGAGACACAGAUAUGACUUCUGAAAGUGACUAUGGAAACAGAAAAGAAUGUAAUAGAAAAAUUCCUAGAAGAUCAAAAAUCCCAUAUUAUUCCAAAACAAUUCAGACUAUUAAGCACCACAAUAAAAACAACAACCCAUUUAUAAGUUAUAAUCGUAAAAUGAAACAGCCUUUUUUUAAAGAAUUGUAUAUAAGAUCAUCUCUAGCAAACUGUAACAGAUUAGAGGAAGCUGAAGAGCAGAAGACAGAACUAAUUAAAGUUGACAACAGCAGCCCUGAAGACAACACGUACCGGAUACUUGUUGAACAACUAGACCAGGAGAGAGAGAAGAGAUGGAAAGCUGAACAAGCUGAAAAGAAACUUAUGGAUUAUAUUGAUGAACUACAUAAACAUGCAAAUGAAAAGAAAGAUAUCCAUAGCCUUGCUCUACUCACCACAAAUAGGUUAAAGGAAAUUAUUUUUAAAGAAAGAAAUUCCAAAGUGCAACUCGAAAUUAUGGUUCACAGACUUCAAAAUGAAAUUAAAAAACUAACUAUUGAAUUAAUUAAAGCAAGAGAUCAGCAAGAAAAUUACAUCAGACACUUGAGAGCCCUGGAGAGAGCAUUAGAAAAGAUGGAGAGGCAGAAAGGACAGCAGCAAGCGGCCCAGAUGCGACUUGUUGAAGAGGUGGAACUCAAAGCUGCAGCUGCUGACCAAGAAAUAAGCUUACUGCGAACUUCCCUUCAUCAAGAAAAGGAGCAAGUACAGCAGCUUCAUGAGCUUCUUGCACUGAAAGAACAAGAGCACAGGAAAGAACUUGAAACAAGGGAGUAUUUUAGUGAUGCUGAGUUCCGGGAAGCCUUAGCCAAGGAAGUAGCUAAAGAAGAGACAAAGCAUGAGCAAGAGAUAAAAGAAUACCAAGAAAAAAUUGACACAUUAAACCAGCAGUACCUGGAUUUAGAGAAUGAAUUUCGUAUAGCUUUAACUCUUGAAGCCAGAAGAUUUAAAGACGUUAAAGAUGGUUUUGAAAGUGUUGCAACUGAGUUAGCAAAGAGCAAACAUGCUCUUGUUUGGGCUCAACGGAAAGAAAACGAGUCUUCCUCUUUAAUUGAAGAUCUGACUUGCAUGGUGAAGGAGCAGAAGACAAAACUUGCAGAAGUUUCCAAAUUGAAACAGGAAACAGCAGCAAAUUUGCAGAAUCAAAUCAACACCCUUGAAAUCCUGAUUGAAGAUGACAAGCAGAAGAGUAUCCAAAUUGAACUUCUCAAGCAUGAAAAGGUCCAGCUUAUUUCUGAGCUAGCAGCCAAGGAAUCACUAAUUUAUGGUUUAAGGACAGAAAGAAAAGUGUGGGGACAUGAACUGGCACAACAGGGAUCCUCUCUAGCCCAGGACCAUGGGAAACUAGAGGAGCAGAUUGAAAAUUUAUGUAGAGAAAAUGAAUCUCUGCGGAAGGCAAAUGAACGUGACAGUGACACGUUAAGAAUUAAGUGCAAAAUCAUAGAAGACCAAACUGAGACUAUCAGAAAAUUAAAAGUUUGUUUACAGGAAAGAGAGGAACAAGUCAAAAUAUUACAGGAAAAGAUCACUGAAAUACAGAAAUGUACUCAAGAACAACUUAAUGAAAAAUCUUCACAACUGGAUGACAUAAUUGAGAAACUAGAAAGACACAAUGAAAGGAAAGAAAAACUAAAACAGCAGUUGCAAAUAAAGGAAUUAGAACUUGAAGAAAUUAGAAAAGCUUACAGUACACUUAAUCAAAAGUGGCAUGAUAAAGGGGAACUUCUCUGUAAUCUGGAAAUGCAAGUAAAGGAAGUAAAAGAGAAAUUUGAAAACAAGGAAAGGAAACUCAAAGCGGAGAGAGACAAAAGUAUUGAACUACAAAAGGAUGCUAUGGAGAAGCUUUCUAGUAUGGAUGAUGCCUUUAAAAAACAAGUUGAAGCAAUUGUUGAAGCUCAUCAAGCUGAAAUUAUACAAUUGGAAAAUGAAAAGCAGAAAUAUAUUGAUUCUGCAAAUUUAAAGGUUCAUCAGGUUGAAGAAGAAAUGCGUGAACUUCUGCAAGAAAACUGCAAGAACAAAAAAGCAAUGGAAGCAAAAAUUAAGCAACUGGCUUUUGCACUAAAUGAAAUUCAACAAGACUUGUAAUGGUUCUGAGAAUGAAUUUAAUUGAAAUGGACCAGCUGACCUAUUGUAAAAAUGAUUAAAUAUUGUAAUAGUAGUAACUGCUACGACUUUGAAAUGUCUCUUUCUACACAUUUCAUUCUGAUAUUUUAAAAGACUUGAAAAAGUAUUUAAUUGUAUAUGUAGAUUUUUAUAACAAAUUGUUUAUAAAUAUGUGUAUUAGAAAAACCUAUCAAAAUAACUAGACGUUAAGACACUUUGUUUCUGUGCUAUACAUUGUGUGAUAAUUACACAUUUGCCUAUAAAUAUGUAAAUGAACAUUACGUUAGCUUUUAACUAUAUUAGGGAAAGUAUUUUAACAAUUGUUGCCUUAUUGUAUUGAUGAAGAACUAAUUAUAUUCAUUGGUUGUCUUUUAGUUGAUGUAGCUCCAUUCUUUCAAAAUGCUCAUACGUACAGCCAAAAGGUAUCUGAAAUCUGUAUGAUCAAAAGAUGUGACACUGAUAAGAAAGCGUAUAUUGCCAUCUCCAUAUUACUCCUAAUGACCCCUUUUUUAUGAUAUAUAUGACUUUUUUAUUAAACAUUACAUUUAAGUUUU